GCUGACUGAAGUGGGCGGGCUCUUUCCAUACGAUACAGGAAGUGUUGUGAUACACACCAAGCUUUGUAUUCCACGAUGUCUAAAUAUGACGACUAUAUUUGAGAUAAUUACAUCAAAGCGUCUUUGAGAGCGUCAAGGAGUGCGGUGAAAUCAGGCAGGAGACAGCAUGGCUGAGCACAGUGACUGCAGUCUGUCGUCUGAGGAGAGGGUCCGUGCGCUCACCAAGAUGGGCAGCUCUGUGGACGUGAGUGAGGACGUGCCGCCCCGCCGAUACUUCCGCUCAGGGAUGGAAAUCAUCCGAAUGGCCAACAUCUAUGCAGACGAGGGAAAUGUCGAGCAUGCUUUUAUUCUUUACAAUAAGUACAUCACGUUGUUUAUUGAAAAACUUCCUAGACAUCGGGAAUAUAAAACAGCCAACAUUCCUGAGAAGAAAGAAACAAUGAGGAAAUUAAAGGAAAUCGCCUUCCCGAAAGCUGAGGAACUGAAAAAGUUGCUUCUCAAGCAGUACGAAAAAGAACAUGCUGAAUAUCUUGUCCGAAAGAGAGCAGAGGAUGAGGCCCAGGCUCGGGAAGCGGCCAAGCAGCGGGAGCUGGAGGCCGAGCGACAGAGACUGGCCGAGCUGCAGGAGCGUCAGCGCGAGCAGCAGCAGCUCAGCGCCUUUGAGGAGAUGAUCCGCAGACAGGAGCUGGAGAAGGAGCGCCAGCGCAUCGUGCAGGAGUUCAGCGUCCCGGCGACACCUGCCUCUCCCCGAGACAUCCUGGUGCCUGACGUACAAGGACCUCCACAGGCCUCAUUUUCACCACUGACGCCCCCCGGGGGAACCCCAAACCACGUCUCUCCAACUCCAGGCCUCCCAGCGUUUGACCGCUCGCUGAAGCCUAGUGCUCCAGUCAGUGCAGGACACAGUGCGCUGAUAAACGGCUUGCGGCAGCUUUCUGUCCCUGCCGAGCUGUGCCAAAGGUUUUUAAAACUAGCAGAUGCCAACACAGCACGGGCGGUGGAGACCUGUGGGAUUCUCUGUGGAAAGCUGAUGAAGAACGCCUUCACGGUGACACACGUGAUCGUGCCCAAGCAGUGUGGAGGACCUGAUUACUGUGACACAGAGAACGAGGAGGAACUUUUCCUGAUCCAGGAUCAGAAUGAUCUCAUUACACUGGGCUGGAUUCAUACCCAUCCGACCCAGACGGCAUUUUUAUCCAGUGUGGACAUGCACACGCAUUGCUCUUAUCAAAUGAUGCUUCCAGAGUCUAUAGCCAUUGUGUGCUCACCUAAAUUUAACGAGACGGGCUACUUCCGGCUGACAGACUGUGGGAUGGAUGAGAUCUCUUCCUGCAAACAAAGAGGAUUCCACCCGCAUCCAAAGGAGCCGCCCCUGUUCUCCGCGAGUCAACACGUCACCAUCACAGACGGAAGUGUGACCGUGCUGGAUUUGCGGUGAUGUCAUUGCUGCUGCUUCGAAAUAUGUGCCUUUGCUCUUGACCUCACAGCGACAGACCAAGGAGCUUCUAAUGGGUCAAAAAAGUCCAGCGCCGAUCAUUGCUACACUUGGCCUCUAUUAUCGUGUCUUAGCAGUCUGUAUUUAUUGGGUUAAUUCUGAAAAAUAAUAUCCAAAUGUGACCAAUAAAAGCUUACAUUUGAGGUGUGUCAUUUUUAGAACCAGCAGCAUCAAACGAAUUUGCAUAAAUAAAGGUAAGAUCUCAAGAAAGCAUAACAGAAAAAUA